AUGGAAAACUCCGAAUCGGGAAGCACGGCGUCCUUAGAGAGCGGUACGAACGUGAAUAAGAGAAACGGUUUUUUUGAAGGGAAGGAUGGCAUGUCCAGGUGCAGGAAACGGAAACGGAAGAGGAGGAGGGGACGUGUGCACGAGGCGGAAGCGUCGGACGAAUGGGACGAAUGGGACGAAGAGAAGGAAGAAAAGGAAGAGAAGGGACAGAAGGGAGCAAGCGGGACGAGCGAUGAGGAUGAAGAGAAGGACGCCAAGAGGGAGAAACGAAAUGGGCGACCACGCAAAAACGAAGACCUGCGCACCAGCGACAGUAUUAGUAACUGUGAUCAGUCCAGCGGCCUUUCUUUAUCAGAUGGCAGCUGGUUUAAAAAGAAGGGUCACUCUCUUAGUGGAGAUGACCAAAUGAAGAUGAGUCGGGAGCGCCGUGGGGAUACCACCACUGACAGGAGAAUGAAGAAGAAAAAGAAAGACUCAAAAUUGGGAAAAGGGAAGCAGAGCGGCGAUGAAGAUUAUGUGGAAAGCCGCAAAGAGGAACAGCUGUUUGCAGACGAAUCCCACAGCGAGAGUGUGUUGAAGGGGGAGCAGUGCGGAAAGGGAGUAGAAGACACGCGCAGUGAGGAGGAGAAUGGUAAAGACAACGGCUACGAUAGCGGUGCCGAGCGGGAUGACCACUUCUCGGAUGGGAGCGCCCUCAAGGACGGCGAGGCGAACGUGCUGCGUGACUGCGACCUGAGCGACUUCCACGGAAGCACGGGGAAAAUAAUCAAGUUGAGAAUCCGGAAUUUUCUGAACCAUGAAAAUUUGGAGAUGUCGUUCAACUCGAAUAAAAAUAUAAUCAUUGGAAAAAACGGAAAAGGCAAAAGUGCCAUCGCCCAAGCCGUUGCAGUGGGGUUAGGAAGUCAAGGAAAGCACGCAGGCAGAGAUAUCAGUCUUUCAAAUUAUAUCAAGGAUUAUGAUAAAAAUAAAAAAAAUUUAGUUUGUUAUAUAGAAAUCUUUUUGUCCAAUUCAGGCAAGAAUUCUUAUAAGAGGGAAUUAUACGGAGAUGUUAUCGUAGUAAAGCGCGUUUUGUCCGCACACACGAGAACUCCCCACAAGUGGAGUCAACCGAACAGAACGGAUUCUCAACUCCAUGGCCAUAACUCAAACAGGAGUGUAAAAAGAAAGGCAUUCAUAGAUAGCUAUCUGAACUUUAUCAAACUAAAUAUAAGAAGUCCGUGUGUAUAUUUGGAUCAAGAAAAAGGAAAGCAAUUUUUCAGUAACAUAACGGAAAAGGCAUUACACAAAUUUUUUAUGAAUUCAGUGGGACUAGAUAUAGUCGAAUCAGAAAUUGAGAAAGAAAAUGAACUACUACAAAAUUGCGUUCUUCAAAUAAAGCAGAAGGAGACUCAAUUAUCUCCACAGGUGGAAGAAAUGAAACGAAUGAAGAAACGAAAUAAAAUGUUAAAAGAUGAAUUCGAAAAGUUAAAAAAUUUGGAUAAUAACUACAAAAUGGUCGUCUUCUUUAAUCUGCUAAAAAACGCCAUCAUUCUAUUCAAUGAGUAUUUAAAAUCUGAGCAUUUAAAAAACGAGCAGGUAAUUCUUAGUAUACAGAAAAAGAUGAACGGACUUGUGGACCAAAUUGAGCUUGUCAAAAUGGAUGUUAAGAAGGUCAUCGAAAGGGAUACACAAGUGUAUCUUUUUGUAAAAAAGAAUCAAAAUAAAGUAGAAAAAUACAGAGAUAUGAUUUGUCAGCUGAAUGAACUUAAACAUGAGUAUACCAACCGGAGGAACGAAAUUGUGAAUUAUUUGAGUUCGUUUGAGAAAGCAAAGGAAAAUAAAAACCUCCUGCAGGAACACCUGCACAAGUAUCAAUCCGAAAUGGACAAAAUUAAUGAAAAAAUGAAAGAAGAAACGGAACGAGAGACACAACUACGUAACGAAAUCAGCAAAAGGGAAAACCAAAUUUACGAGAUGGAAUACACCAUAAAUAAAGGCCACAACGCGCUAGAGGACAUAAGCAAACAAAUGCAUCUCCUCAAAAUACACUCCAAUAAAAUUCAAAAAAUAAAAAACACACAAAUAAAACGAAAGAUUUACACCUACGGGUAUGACAUUUACUCGGUUAGAAGUAAUAUUUUAAAAAAUUACAAAAUUGUGAAUUCGUCUGAUGAGUUGUGCUCUUCUGUUCUUUACCCACCCGAGUUGUUUCCUCACGGAAAGAACAGCGUGCUGAUCCAAAACGAAAGAGUGAAACAAACUCACACGAAAGAGGAAAACCCCGAUUUUGUAUUCAAGUAUGAACCGAUAGGACCAGCGGGUGAAUACAUACGACUAAAAGAACCUGUCGUGAAUGAGAAGGUACUAUCAAUUAUCGAAAAGCAUCUAGGGGAUCUCUUCUACUCCUGGCUGGUCAGCUGUUACGAAGACAAAAAUAAGCUGAGCAACAUGGAAAUAGAAAAUAAAAAUAAAAUUAACAUAAUCGUAACGAACGCCUUUCAACACAUAAACAGAAAAACGCUGCUGCAAAAUAUUCACUCCAUUCUGAACAAAAUGAAUGGAAACACUAUUUACUCCUUUUUAAAUGUCGACCUUCUUCCAACCUCGCUCCUCUUCUAUCUGCAUGACAAUUUCAAAGUGGUGCAGACCUUGGUGUGUAACAAUUCGGAAGAAUUGCAUGAGUUGCUACGAACAAAUGACAAAAAAAUUGUUAAGUCGAUCUACGUGCUAGACGAGUUUGUUGUAGUGAAGGUGCUCCCCAAUGGGGGAUUGCAUUACCAACCUUCCAAAGAAGACUAUUACAAAAAGCCCAUGUUUCUCAACAUGCACAAUGAGGAGAGGUCCAUGUAUAAGGCAACUGAAGGGGAGACAGCACUAGACCACAAGCAUCAGCACGGGACGAAUGUUGUCACAAAUGGGUCAGUUGUCACAAAUGGAUCAGUUGCCACAGUUGGCGCCUCCGAUGGCGUGACCACAAGUACGUCCACGGAACAUCACCCUGCUGGGGAUGUCGUGGCAAAUUCAGAUUACAAAACGAAUGAAGAACAUAUGAACGAGUUAGAAAAAAGGAAGGAGGAAAAAAACGAAGAAAUUGUCAAGACGUCCAAAAGGUUACUGUCUUGUAGAAACGUUUUGGAGAGCUUAAACGAGUCCUUAAAAAAAUGCCAAUAUGCUCAGGACGAACUGAAGUACCAGCACAGAAAUAUCGAGGAACUAAUACAAAACCAUGACAACAUUUUUUCCGAACAAAUGGAUUUAGAAAUUAAAGAAAAAAACAAAGAUAUCGAUGAAAUAAAUGAAAAUGUGAUCGAAAUUGAUCAGUAUGUAGACACACUGGAAGGGAAGAAGAAGAACACCCUUGACAAUUGCCUAACCCACAAAUGGCUAAUAUCAACACAUGCUCAUUACUUGAGUAGGAAAAAGGACAAAAUCGCUGGCAUGAUUGAGGAAUAUAACAGUCUGUGCGAAGUUUUAAUAAAACUGGAGCGAGACAAACUGAGAAAUGAUGAAAUCGCUUCGAAAAAUAAGAGAAGCUUCUUAGUAGCGAUAAACAAGUUACACAAUAUUUACUUUGAAUGCCUUGCAAAUGAGUUUCCGAUCGCAGAGGCACUUUUGGAGAGUCCUUUCCUGGUGUUAAGGGGAAGGCCUGCUAAUGUGCCAAUAACGAACAUUCGCAUAGACCGCUCUGGGGAAGAGAGCCAGGUGGAAGAUGCUAACCCUGAGGGGGUGGAACCCCUUGGGGGAGGCAAAACUAGGAACCACCAAAGUGAGGAGGAAACAGUUGAGCACAGAAAAAAUGACGACGAUGCCGAAGAAGGCACAGUGCGCGUUACCUUCACUGUGGAACACCCGAACAGCGGCUCAACCAAGGGGGAGCUCAUCUUCACCCGUGUUCCCCUCUCGAAUCUCAGCUCCUUUAACCAGCUCUUUGUUCUUUCGAGGAAGGACGAGAGCGCGUUGCACAACGAGGAAAGUAGUUGCAAACUGGCUGUCAACUCGUGUGAUAAGAAAAGGGAAAGCGAAAUAAAGGCCCUUCGCGAUUUGGCCCAUUACGUAAAGGGGGUGCUGACCGGGGGUAACACCAGCACUAUUACGAUCACGAGCAGUGGGGCUCCGGGCGGGGGGAGCCAUGACAACUUGUUCAGCAAGGAAGGCGACACUUGUGAGGACGACUCAGCGGGUGACGCGGUGAGUAACUCGGUUAGUAACGCGGAGAGUAACGCGGCGAGUAACGCGGCGAGUAACUCGGUUAGUAACGCGGCGAGUAACGCGGCGGAGAAUCCUCCGGGCGAUGGCGCCGAAGCUGGUGAUGUCUCCGAUGACCUGCUGGACGAAAACUACGCCGACGUGCUGUGGAAAAAAAGGUGCGAAAAAAAGAAGGAAAUCACGGAGCUGCUUAAAAUAAACGGCUUUAACAAAAACGAUAGCACAGACAACUCCAUAAAAAACUAUUUCCACAGUCUAAUUGAGCAGUACGAAAAUGAAGAAAAAAGUUACAACACACAAAUGAAGCAAAUUAACGACUUAAGAAAUAACUAUGACAUGCAUUUGGCGAACAUAAAGCUGCGGAGAUCUAAAUUUUGUCACGUUUUAAAAAAAACAAAAGAGCAAAUAACUGCGCACUUUAAAAAUAUGCUGAAAGGUAUGAACAACUACAAAGGCAAAAUAGAGUUUGACGAUUUAAACCGAAAUUUAAAAGUUAUGGUUUCGAUUAAUCAAGAUUUGUCCAAAAAUAUUUUUAUGGAAAUCAACUCCUUGUCCGGUGGGGAGCGAUCGACCAUUCAGAUGGCCCUCCUGGCAUCUUUGUCCCUCACGGAAGCGUCUUCCUUCCACAUUUUCGAUGAGCUCGACGUGUACAUGGACGAGCUCACUCGGGUGAAGAAGUAA